UUUUUUUUUUCCAUCUACAUUUUUACACAUUAGAAGAAAACUUAUUUUAUAUUCCUUGUACAAAUAGUAAUAAUAAGAUAGAAGGAAAAAAAAAUGAUAGCUUCAUCAACACUGCCAUUAUUUCCUCAAUUGGCAGAAAUGAAUGACCAAGAAAAGUAUGCCAUCAUUGCACGUUUUAUACCUUGCGAUCUUUGUCCUCAAUGUAAAGGCUGGCAUCCCUAUGAUAAUGACACUAUUAACUGUCAAUGUGGACACGAUACUGUUCAUCACAUUGAUAAUGGACAAGAUCUCGAACGUCGUUUGAAAGUUGCUUUACGGCUUAAUGAACUACUUGAAGAAAAAGGAAAAAUAGAAGAUUAUGAUUAUGAAGACGACGAUAUUAACUCACUAAAAAAACAAAUUUUGUAUAACGCAUAUAAAACAUCAGAUAAAGAAAUAGGUUUAUCUUCUACUACUAAAGAUCUAAAAAGGAACAGGGAAGAAUCCAUAAGUCAUGAUGAAGAAAUAGAAAGUUUGAUAAGCCAUGAUCCAAAGAGAAGCAGAAUAGAUGAGCAUCCUAUAAUAGAUAGUGCGAAUGAGCAAUUAGGGAAACAAACAGCAAAUGAAAAUAUAGACCUUGGAAAGGAGAAUGAAGAUCAAAUAAAACGAAGAGAAGAGGAUAAUAGGAAAAAAAAUAAAUUACAGCAAGAUUUAGUUCAUGAGGUUCAAAAGGAUGAAAAUAAACAAUUCAAUACAGUAAACGGUACAGAACCGGAAGUAGUUAAAAUAAAUUGUAAUACGAUUAUAGAUGGUGAAUUAAAUGAGAAAAUAAAGGACUACACGGUGGAUGCCGACAAUGGCAAAUUAUUCAAAGAAGAAGAGACUGAAAUGAUUGAUAUUUUUAAAAAAGAAAAUGAAUCAAGUGAAAAAGCUGAGGAUUACAUGCCAGAAAUAAAUAAAGAAACACCUGCUAUGAGAGAAGAAAGAGAAGGUAGUAUAAGGACCGAAAUCGUAUUAAAUGAUGGAGAACGAGAAAGUAUGAUCCUUUUGACUGGUUUAAAGAAUAUAUUUCAAAAGCAGUUACCGAAAAUGCCAAAGGAAUAUAUAGCUAGAUUAGUUUAUGACAGAAAACAUCGUAGCAUAGCACUUAUUCGUAAUCCACAUAAAGUGAUUGGAGGUAUUUGUUAUAGACCCUUUGAUGCCCAAGAAUUCGCAGAAAUUGUAUUCUGUGCAGUAGCUUCAACAGAACAAGUAAAAGGAUAUGGAUCGUUUAUUAUGAAUCAUUUAAAAGAUUAUGUAUCAAGCCAUUCAAACGUGAAACAUUUCUUGACAUACGCGGAUAAUUUUGCAAUAGGAUACUUUAAAAAACAGGGAUUUACGACAGAGAUUAGUCUAGAUAAACGAAAAUGGGUGGGCUAUAUCAAGGAUUAUGAAGGUGGUACUAUUAUGCAAUGUACAAUGGUUCCUCGGGUGAGAUAUCUUCAAGUGUUUGAUAUUUUAGGAAUUCAGCGUAAUGCUAUAUUAAAGAAAAUAAAAGAAAAAUCAACAGAGCAUGUUGUUUAUCCUGGAUUAAGGAUGCCAAUAGGUAAAAAUGGUAAAAGAUCCAUUGAUCCGUAUAAGGUGCCUGGCAUUGCUGAGUCUGGUUGGACACCAGAAAUGGAUAUACUAUCUAAUCGGCCAAGACAUUCACCGCAUUAUAAACAAAUGUUAAAACUCGUUGAAGAAAUGCAGAAUUAUACACAUGCUUGGCCAUUUUUAGAACCUGUCAACAUAGAAGAAGUAGCAGAUUAUUAUGAUAUUAUUAAAGAUCCUAUGGAUCUUGCAACUUUAGAAGAAAAUGUAAAAGCAGAUGCCUAUUUAACUAUAGAAGAUUUUAUAAAUGAUACGCAAAAAAUCUUUGAUAAUUGUAGAAUAUACAACUCUGAAGAUACGGAAUAUGCAAAAUGUGGUGCAAAACUUGAAAGAUUCUUCAACGAAAAACUGCGUGCUAUUAAUAGAACUAAAAACGACCCAAGUUAAAAGAAGCAAGGAAAAAAAAAAAAGAAUGAAUAUACCACCUUUGUAAAUAAUAAUUAAUUUUUUUAAUAUUAUAAAUACAUAUAUCUUUUAUAGGUAACAUUUGUUAUCAUUGUAACUUA